CUGAGAAGAUGCCACCAGUCCUGAUUCUCCUGACCCUACUUCUGCCACUAGGAGCUGGAGCAGAGGAGAUCAUCGGCGGCCAUGAGGUCGAGCCCCACUCCUGUCCUUACAUGGCACGUAUCAAGUUUGUGAAAGUUAAUGGGAAUAGAAGUUACUGUGGAGGCUUCCUGGUUCGAGACUAUUUUGUGCUGACAGCUGCUCAUUGCAACGGAAGCGCAAUGACAGUCACACUGGGGGCACACAACAUCAAGGCUAAGGAGGAGACCCAGCAGAUCAUCCCUGUGGAUAAAGCCAUUCCCCACCCAGACUAUAAUUCUGUGGACCGCACCAAUGACAUCAUGCUCUUAAAGUUGGAGAGUAAGGCCAAGAGAUCUAAAGCUGUGAGGCCCCUCAAGUUGCCCAGACCCAAUGCCCAGGUAAAGCCAGGGGAUGUGUGCACUGUGGCAGGCUGGGGGAGAACGUCGAAAAAUGCCACUAAAGGAUCGGCCUGCCUACGAGAGGCCCAACUAAUCAUUCAGGACGACAAGAAAUGCAAAGAACACUUCCAUCGCUAUUCCAAGACCACUGAAAUUUGUGCUGGAGACCCAAAGAAAAUACAGGCUACUUUCAAGGGUGACUCUGGGGGACCCCUCGUGUGUGGCAACAAGGCCUAUGGAGUUGUAGCCUAUGGGCGAAACAGGACAAUGUCUUCAGGAAUCUUCACCAAGGUUGUGUACUUCCUGCCGUGGAUAAGCAGACACAUGAGGCUCCCCUAA